AUGUCUUAUCAAAAUUAUGGUGUUGCAAGCGAUGAUGAGCGAUUUGCGGACUACAAUGAUGAUUCUCGCUCCAAUAAUAUUUUCGAACAGAACACCUAUGACAGUGAAGAGGAUACGGAUGAUGCCAGUGAAACAGAAUUUCGUAACAAUGGACGAACUCCCAGCUAUACAAGUUCCAAUCACCAUCAAACAACAAAUGGCACCAAUAACAGCAACAACAACAGCCACAACCAUGAACUUAAAGAGCAGAUGUAUCAACACAAAUUGGCCAGCUUAAAUAAACAACUCGAGGAACUAAAGAAUCUAACCCAUCCGGAAUAUCUGAAGAGAUUAAAGAAAUUGGAAUAUCAAUAUAAGGAGCGAUUAAAAUUAAAUGAAAUAUAUCGUGACUAUCUGAAAGAGUGUGUUGAACGUGAUUAUAUACUGGAAAAGAAAGCUGCACAAAAGGAAUACGAUGAAAAGAAGAUUGAUUUAAAAGACAACAUAUUAACAGACUUUGAGGAGCGGCGGAAAUUAAUUGAAAACGAACGCUACAGUCUGGAACUAACAAAUGAUUCAAUGGAGAUAAAGCCCACAGUGACACGUAAAUUACGAAGACGGCCAAAUGAUCCUGUACCUGUGGUGGAGAAAAGACGUAAACCAACCACUGGACAAUUGUUGGUAUAUAUGUUGGAUGAAAGGGAAAUUGAAAAUGAUCUUAAAACCAUACAAAGAGCCAUGCAACAAAAUGGUAUAUCGGUCAGUAGUUCUUAUGGUUCCAAUAAUCAUCAACAAUCAUCUAUGGUAUCGGACAAUGGUACCACACAGUAUGUUGAGACACGCAUCGAAGAUGGCAAAUUAUUGUAUGAAAAACGUUGGUUUCAUCGUGGCCAACAAAUUUAUGUAGAGGGUAAAGAUUUGCCGAAAUUUGCUGCCACCAUUACAGCCAUUGGAAAUGAAGUGGUAUGGGUUAAGAAGGUCAAUGACAGUAGCAGUAGUAAGGUUAAAAUUAACAUGUCCCAUCUGGCUAAGGGUAAAGUGACAAUAAAACGUCGUGCCAACUGAUGACACCUUAACACUUCUAAACCC